AUGUGGAAAUGGAUACUGACACAUGGUGCCUCAGCCUUUCCCCACCUGCCCUGCUGCUGCUGCUGCUUCUUGCUGCUCUUCUUGGUGUCUUCUGUGCCUGUCACCUGCCACGACAUGGGCCAGAACAUGCUGUCACCGGAGGCCACCAACUCUUCUUCCUCUUCCUCCUCUUCCUCCUCCUCCUCCUCCUUCUCCUCUCCUUCCAGUGCGGGGAGACAUGUGCGGAGCUACAAUCACCUCCAAGGAGAUGUUCGCUGGAGGAAGCUGUUCUCUUUCACCAAGUACUUUCUCAAGAUUGAGAAGAAUGGAAAGGUCAGCGGGACCAAGAAUGAGAACUGCCCAUACAGCAUCCUAGAGAUAACUUCAGUGGAAAUAGGAGUUGUUGCAGUCAAAGCCAUUAACAGCAACUAUUAUCUAGCCAUGAACAAGAAAGGAAAACUCUAUGGUUCAAGAGAAUUCAACAAUGAUUGCAAACUGAAGGAAAGGAUAGAAGAAAAUGGAUACAACACAUAUGCAUCCUUUAACUGGCAGCACAAUGGGAGACAGAUGUAUGUGGCAUUGAAUGGGAAAGGAGCUCCAAGGAGAGGCCAGAAAACACGAAGGAAAAACACCUCUGCUCAUUUUCUUCCCAUGGUAGUACAUUCAUAG